GUUGCGAUUUAAUCCCAGUUGAAUAUCUACGGUGGGGUGACCCAGAGCCUAUCGCUGCAGUGGUUUUCGCCUGCUUGGGUCUCAUGGCUACUUUAUUCGUCACUGCCGUAUUCAUCAUGUACCGCGACACGCCGGUGGUCAAAUCCUCCAGCCGCGAGCUCUGCUACAUCAUCUUGGCUGGCAUCUUUUUGGGUUACCUGUGCACCUUCUGCCUGAUCGCCAAGCCCCAGCAGAUCUACUGUUACCUCCAAAGGAUCGGCAUUGGCCUCUCCCCAGCCAUGAGCUACUCCGCUCUCGUGACCAAGACCAACCGCAUCGCCCGGAUCCUGGCAGGCAGCAAGAAGAAAAUCUGCACCAAGAAGCCGCGAUUCAUGAGCGCUUGUGCCCAGCUGGUCAUAGCUUUCAUCCUGAUCUGCGUUCAGCUUGGCAUCAUCGUCGCCCUCUUCAUUAUGGAACCCCCGGAUAUCAAGCACCAUUACCCAAGUAUCCGGGAGGUGUACCUGAUAUGCAACACCACCAACUUGGGGGUUGUGACCCCGCUGGGAUACAAUGGUUUGCUCAUCUUGAGCUGCACCUUUUACGCGUUCAAGACCAGAAACGUCCCCGCGAAUUUCAACGAGGCCAAAUAUAUCGCCUUCACCAUGUAUACCACCUGUAUCAUCUGGCUGGCCUUUGUGCCCAUUUAUUUCGGGAGCAACUACAAGAUUAUCACCAUGUGCUUUUCGGUAAGCCUGAGCGCCACCGUGGCCCUCGGUUGCAUGUUCGUACCAAAGGUGUACAUCAUUCUCGCCAAGCCAGAGAGGAACGUGCGCAGCGCGUUCACCACCUCGACCGUGGUCCGCAUGCACGUGGGCGACGGGAAGCCUUCUUCUGCCGCCAGCCGUUCGAGCAGUUUGAUCAACCUGUGGAAACGAAGGGGAUCUUCUGGAGAAACUCUAAGGUACAAAGACAGGAGGCUGGCCCAGCACAAGUCGGAAAUAGAGUGUUUCACUCCAAAAGGGAGUAUGGGAAAUGGUGGGCGAGCGACCAUGAGCAGCUCCAAUGGGAAAUCGGUCACGUGGGCCCAGAACGAAAAAAGUUCCAGCCGAGGAGCCCAUCUCUGGCAGAGGCUUUCCAUCCACAUCAAUAAGAAAGACAACCCCAACCAAACCGCGGUCAUCAAACCCUUCUCUAAAAGCACAGACAGCAGCCGGCAUGGCAGUAGCACCACAAUCACCACGACCUUCCCCGAAUCCGGUGCCAAAACCCUUUACGAUGUCUCCGAAGCUGAAGAGCACUACCCAGUUCAGUACCGCAUUCAGACUCCAUCCCCCAUCAGUACGGUCAGCCAGAGAACUGCGUCCCUCAGCCGGACUGAAGACGACGUCCCAACUUUCCAGUCGGAACAAGCCCAACGGAGCAGUUCUUCCCAAGGUUCCCUGAUGGAGCAAAUCAGCAGCGUGGUGACGCGGUUCACGGCCAACAUCAGCGAGCUCAACUCCAUGAUGCUCUCCCCCCCAGCGCCUGGCCCGAUGGUCACCACCCCGUUGUGCUCUUCCUACCUGAUCCCGAGGGAGAUCCAGCUGCCCACCACCAUGACGACCUUUGCGGAGAUCCAGCCCCUCCCUGCCAUUGAGGUCAACGGAGCAUCUCAGUCCUCCAGAAAACCGUCUUGCGGGAGUGUCAAGGAAGGUCCUUCUGCAGAAACUCCCGCCCCUGCCAAGCCCGAGCUGGAAGAUUUGGUGGCUUUGACGCCUCCUUCUCCAUUCAGGGACUCGGUUGAUUCUGGAAGCGCUUCUCCCAGUUCCCCGGCCUCGGAAUCCGCCCUCUGUAUCCCGUCUUCGCCGAAAUAUGACUCGCUGAUGAUAAAGGAUUACACGCAGAGUUCUUCCUCCUUGUGAAUGUAGUAAGAGUCAACGUUGAAUCUCUAUAGCUUCGCCUCCAUCAAGGAGAUGAAGAAGCCCAGCCUCCCUGUUCUCCAGUGUUUAAAGACACAAUGAGAGUAAAGGGUGAUUUUUUGGGGGGGGGAGGGAGGAUGAAAAAAACGCAAGGGGAGAAUAAAAAGAACAGAUGGGUUAUGCUCUUUUAAACACACACGCACACUCUCCUGCAUACACAACGGAACUUUUUUCGCAGAUUUUUCGUGGCCUUAAAAACACGGGCUUUUCAAUGGAAAAAAACAAAAACUUUAAAUUUAUUCCUGAGGGCUGAGAAGAGCGUCUCUUACAUCACUUACUUGUCAAGUGCUUUGCAACAGUGAGUAACGGGGAACCGGCGCUGGAGGGGGGGAAAAAACAGCAGGCAGACGAGACCGGAAGUGAUCCAGUGUUUGUUUACUUGGAUUCCUUCAUCCAGAAGUAAACCUUGAUCUUUUAUUUUUUAUUUUUUUUCAAGACACGGAAGACCAAAAUCUUGAAUGUACAUUUUGUAGUGAACUCCAGACCGGGGACCAAAAGAUCCAGCUACUUUUCGGUUGUUGUUGUUUUUUUCCCCUUUCAGUUGAAAGUAUUUGUUGUUGUUCUUUUUUAAAUGAAGAUCUCAACCGAUAGUAAUAUAGUCGGUCACAAGGGAACAUUGUUGACUAACUUGGCAGUACGCUGCCUGUUGAUAAAUGUAAGUUAACACAACACAGCGCACAGCUGCACUCCAAGAGGGCUUUUCUAAAAUAACUUCCCAUCCAAGGAUAUGUUUAAGAGGAGCGGGGGGGGGGGGGGAGAAUCUCUCUUCAGUUAAGUAUUAAUUUUUC